AUGGGGAUUCGCAUCACGACGUGGAAUGUCAAUGGUAUUCGCAACCCAUUUGGAUAUCAACCAUGGAGAGAUAAGAGGACGUUUGAGGGCAUGUUUGACAUUCUGGAGGCGGACGUGGUCAUCUUCCAAGAAACCAAAAUUCAGAGAAAGGAUCUCCGCGACGACAUGGUGUUGGUGCCUGGCUGGGAUAACUACUGGAGUCUCCCUAAGCAUAAGAAAGGAUACUCUGGCGUGGUCAUUUACACGCGUAAUGCGACAUGCGCCCCUGUGAGAGCCGAAGAAGGCAUCACCGGUAUCCUGACCCCUCCGAACACCUCUACCAGCUUUCGAGACUUACCCGACGAGGAGCAGAUUGGAGGAUACCCAAACGCUGAACAGUUGUCCGAGGCAGACUACGACCCGGCCACUCUAGACUCCGAGGGAAGAUGUGUUAUACUCGAAUUUCCCGCCUUUGUCCUCAUUGGUACCUACUGUCCGGCCGAGCGAGACGAGACACGAACCCACUAUCGCACGAGCUAUCUUCGGGUGCUCGACGCAAGAAUACGCAACCUGGUGAAAAUGGGCAAAAGAGUGGUCUGGGCAGGCGAUUUCAACAUAUCCAGGGAAGAGAUUGACACUGCAGCGGCACAAGAGAGCAUGCGCAAGAACGGGAUUGACCCAGUCCAAUGGAUCUCCACACCAGCACGGAGGAUGUUCAACCAGUUGCUUGUGGGCGGCAAAGUCCAUGGGGAAAGGGAGGAGGGGAGAGAAACGCCGAUCAUGUGGGAUCUUUGCCGGGGUUUCCAUGAAGGUCGCAAAGGCAUGUACACUUGUUGGGAGACCAAAGUCAAUGCUCGACCGGGUAACUACGGUUCAAGGAUCGAUUAUGUGGUGUGCAGCCAUGACAUAAAAGAUUGGUUCAGUGAUGCAAACAUACAGGAAGGGCUAAUGGGGUCUGAUCACUGCCCAGUCUACGCGGUAUUGAAGGACACUGUGGUAGUUGAUGGAGUCGAGCGGCAUAUACUUGACAUGGUCAACCCGCCGGGCAUGUUCGUGGAUGGUGAGCGCAAACAAGAAUGGACCACGAAAUGCUUGCUUCCCAUGUCCGGCAAGCUGAUACAAGAGUUCGACAAGCGGCAAAGCAUUCGGGACAUGUUCACCCGGAAGCCGUCGCUCCUCAAGUCAAAGAGCAACAUUGGCGAUUUGGACACCAAUGGUGCAGCUGUUGAUGUACCCGAGGCAGCAACUAUGGCGGGUGGCGACACUCCGACCUUUUCUGAAGCGGCAAGUUCUUCUGAUCUGUCAAAGACAACAUCGAAUGUUUCUAUGAGCACCAAAUCUAUCAGCGCGAAGAGGCCAGCAAGGACAAUCGAACCACCGACGCCGGUGAAACGCGGCAAGACGGCAUCUCAAACGACAUCCAACGGCAAGGGCCAGCAGAGUCUCAGAGGGUUCUUUUCCGCCAAACCACCCAUUGCUCAGGCUCGUGAAGUAGAUGGCCCCGUCACUGAAGCAAAAGUUGGAAAAGAGCCCCAAGAGCCGGAGACAAUUAAACCGGCCGUGCCGCUCGAAGAAGAAGCGGCCAGUUUCGCAGCCAAGCAGACCUGGGGCAAAUUAUUUUCAAAGCCUGUGGCACCGAAAUGCGAGCACGGCGAGCCAUGCAAAACCAUGUUGACCAAGAAGCCCGGCGCUAAUUGCGGAAGAUCUUUCUGGAUGUGUGCGCGCCCACUGGGUCCCAGCGGAAAGCAGGAGAAAGGGACGCAGUGGAGAUGCAAUACCUUCAUCUGGGCUAGUGAUUGGGACACGCAUGCCACUGAGCCGGGUUAA